CAUGACGCCGGCUCCCCAAGUUUCGGGCUAAGAACUUCGGGCGGACAGAACGCAAACCCAAGCCAGGGCGAGCCGGGAGGAGACGGCGGCCGCGACGCGCGCGGGUCUGCAGACAUCACACGGCGGACAUGGGGGGUGUCCGCCCAGACUCGCACUUCACAGCCGGGGCUGCCCACACAGCCCGUCCGAGCCCGGACCUCACCUGCAGACCCCCGAGCGAUCCCGCGGCCCCCCGCCGGCGGCCGCACACACCCAGACGUCACAGUCCAGGCCGGGGUCUCCACAGCCUGGCGGCAGCGCACAGCCGGGUCCCACCUGCCGCGGACCCCGCGAGCGGCAGCCACACCCCCCACCCUGGCCCUGCCCCAGGCCGCGCCGGCCCCCGGCUCGGCCCGCCCCGCCCCGCCCCGCCCCCGGCCGCGGCCCCGUCGACGGCGGGAGCUACCUCAGUGAAAGGGGGCUGCCCACUGCCUGCCAGAGAAGGGCUUCAGGAAGGAUGAUGGGACUUCCAGCUUUCAAUUACGUUUUAACUUUUCUGCGAAGUUUCCUCCACUGCAAAGUUUCCUCCACUGCAAAUUUUCUCUCUGUGUGAUAUGCAUCAUUAAAAAGAGGUGGGGGACGCUGGCAGUGUUGUGGCCUAAGGAACUAAGCCACUUGCCUGCGAUGCAGACAUCCCAUAGGGGCGCUGGGUGCAGUCCUGACUGCUCCAGCUCCCUGCUAAUGCACCUGGGAAAGCAGAAGAACAUGGCCCAGGUGCUUGGACCCCUGCCACCCACGUGGGAGACACAGAUAAACUCCUGGCUUGCAGCCAUUUGCAGAGUGAAUCAGCAGAUGGUAGUUUUAUCUCUCUCUCUCUCCUCUCUUUCUCUCUCUAAUGCUGCCUUUCGAAUAAAUAAAUGUUUCUUCAAAAUAAACUACAUACAAGGCCGAUGGUUUCUGUUUCCUGUUAAAUCCAUG